AUGGCGCCGCCGACACUGACACGACCAUCUACCUUCCACUCUCGACCUGCUGCACCACAUCUCGAACCUCUGACACCAGCAUCAUUUGCUCCCUUCGGAACAGCGAUAUGCUCACCGCUGCCAUCUUCUCUCAAUGAAGUACCAGCGUCCAUCCCACGACCGCUGCACGUACCGCAGCAGCCGGCGCCAGUGUUCGCCAACCAGAAUUCCGCAUUGAAAACUUCUCCCAUCUCGCAGUUCACAGACGCGUACCCUUCCAAACCAGGCGAUGCAGUCGCCAAACCGCAGAUGAGCAUGUUCUCAUGUUUUCCCCGUAAUAUCAGCGGCGUCGGCGUCGAGAAAUCCACCAUGUCGGGGAAAUGGACGUUCAACGUCUCCAUUCUCGAGCGCCAUCCCUACACUACCCAGACGUUCAGUCCUCUGGGCUUGUCGGCCGAAGAUAAGGCCACGGUGUUUCUCGUCAUCGUUGCUCCGUCUCUUUCAUCAUCAUCGGCUGCCGCAGAGACGUCGUCCGGUGAAUCGGUCCAGAUCCCUGGCCCGCCUGACCUGACGCAACUCAAGGCGUUCGUGGCACGGGGGAAUCAAGCUGUCACCUACGGACCGGGCACGUGGCACGCACCGAUGGUGGUGAUAGGACAGCGUCGGGUCGAUUUCGUCGUGUCUCAAUUUGCCAAUGGAGUGCCCGAGGAUGACUGCCAAGAAGUCCUGUUGGGCGAGAAUGCCAUUGAUGUCGAUCUGGACGUGCUUGGGCUAGAUCUGGAGAUGGCAAAACCGAGGCUGUGA